GCUUUCGGCAAGUAAAACGCUAGCCCUCGUGUUCCGUUCUUUCCACCGUCUCUCCCUCUUUAGUCCCACUCGUCCUGACCUCUCUCUCUCUCUCGGCUUCCAUCUUUCUUCGCGAAAUCCCUAAGAGAAUUUUUAGGGUUUCGUUGCGCCCGAUCCGGCCCGGCGUAUGAGGAGGGGCUUCCAUCCCGAUCACCGCCCGGGGCGACCGCCAUUCCGGCCGAGAGUUCGCUUUUUCGAAAGAACGGCUGGCCUUCAGUCCCCAACCCCACUGGAGGCGCUGGCAAGAGCCGCCGGAGCCUCGGCCCGGGUUCGUCGUCCUUCUCCGACGCUCCCCUCCCACCGAGAAAGGCCUCUCCUUGUCCUACAUCCGCGACUUCAUUGUCUCCUGUCCUUUCUCGCCGAGGAAGUCCUCGGUCUACUCCAAAGGCUCCCGCGUCGGAGAGCUCCACUUGCGGUGCUGGGCCGACGCUCUCGAGGCCACCGUCUACCUCUGGGGCCGCCGCCUGGAAGGCUCCCACCUCUUGACCCCAGCAUCGAGUCCUCCACCGGACUCCUUCUUUCUCAAAGGGCCGAAGAGAAGAGCCGCCUCAGGAUCCUCUUCGCCGGCCACAUCAGGGGCCUUCUCGAGUGCGAGGCGAUGCGGCAGUACGAGGGGGAAGAUCGAGCAGUUGGAGAAUGAGAUCAAGAAGGUGUCGAAGAUGCUCAUGAAGCCGAAACGGCUGGCCACCUAUGGGGAGCUGCAGGACAGGAGGAGGAGUCUGGAGGUGGAUAAAGAACAGUUGGAGAGCAGGUUGAAGGCGUUCAGGGAUGCGAUGGAGGAUCUUCUCAAUUGCCUCCGCAAGCAGCAGCAGCAGGAGGUCUGUGAGGAGGAGGACGAGGAGGGGGAAGUUAAGAUUUUUAAUCUUCUGGGCGAGUUGGAUUGGAGCACGAUCCACAAUGUGAUGAAAAGGGAAUGCCGGCGACUUAAGGACGGGUUGCCCAUCUAUGGUUGCAGAAGGAAAAUUCUUAGUCACAUAUUUUCCAAUCAGGCGUAUUUUAUAGUCUGGAAAAGAACAAUAAUGGUUCUUAUCGAGCGAAGAUAUCUGCCAAAGCCACAAGAACUGUUGCAGACUUGCGGAGGGCUGUGGAGCAGUUGAUGAAAGGCAAGACCGUAAGCCAUCCAAGCCUCACUCCAGCAGUGCUUCAGCUACUCCUGUCCCGGGAUUGCGGGAAACUCUUGAAAGCUAUGGAGCAGAAGUCUGGAACCUGCAUUCUGUAUGACAGGCAGAAUCUAAAUGUCAAAGUGUUUGGACCCCCGAAGGAGGUUGCUGCAGCUGAGGAGAAUUUGGUGCAAUCACUGCUAUCUCCCCAUGAGGACAAGAAACUUGAGAUCCAUCUCCGGGGUCGCAACCUCCCACCGGGCUUGAUGAAAGAAGUGGUUCAGAGAUUUGGAACAGAUCUUCAGGGGCUGAAGGAAAUGGUGCCUGGGGUAAAGCUGACUCUCGACACCCGAUGCCAUAUCAUCAAUGUUCGAGGAAACAAGGAGCCGAAGCAAAAGAUGGAAGAGGUGAUAUCUGAGGUGGCACUAUCAGGGAUGGCCGAGCCGCCGUCAGAAACCUCAUGCCCAAUUUGCCUGUGCGAGCUGCAGGAGCCUUACAGGCUCGAAGCCUGCGGGCAUGAUUUCUGUCGGAGAUGCUUGGUUGAUCAAUGCGAGUCCACCAUCAGGUCCAGAGAUGGCUUCCCUCUCUGCUGCACCAAGGAGGCCAGGGUGCAAGAAGCUCAUCCUGCUCGCGGACCUGAGGUCUCUCCUGUCGACUGACAAGAUGGAAGAGUCCUCUCAUAUCUUGCGAGAGAUACAAGGAGUACACAUUAGUGGAGCGGGUCAGGGGGAGGGAGGACAUAAAGGAAUGCCGGCGUGCCGUCACACGGUUGAGAAGAUCGAUGGUUGCAAUCACGUUGAGUGCAAGUGUGGGACGCACAUUUGUUGGGUUUGCUUGGAGU